AGUAGAUUAUAAAAUGGAAUUUUUACUUAAACACAUACCUAUAAAUAGUACAAUCAGAAAUACUGACAAGUUUGCAGUGGUCUCUCUUCUUUUUUCCCCCAGAGCUGUAUAAAUAUUUCUACCAUCUUUGUGAGGCAUUUACGCUUCUGUUUAGUUUAAAGAGUGACGGAACCUUCAGUCCGGCUUUGAGCUCAUGAUGCGUGCAAAGCUCCCAGUUGAAAGGCAAAUAUUGCCAGGACAGGAUGUCCUUUAGCAGGAGGAUUUGUCCUCUCAGUCAGAUGUGGCGUUGUCAUAUUCUCCUCGUUCUGCCCAUUUCAUGCUGUCGUACUGGAAUGCAGCCCAAGCAUGCAACAGGCUCGGGGACCUACAGGAGUUCAAGUCCAGCCAGACAGUCAAAAUAAACCCAGACAGACCUCAGCAGCAGGCCCGCUUUGUCACGCUGGAAGCCAACAAGACCUUACUGGUGCCCACUCCUCGUCUCCGAAGCGGCCUGUUCAACAGGAUCACUCCUCCGGCGGGAGCCAACAAAGAGCAGCUGCGCAAAUGUUCCACCUCUCAGGGUGUGAAAGAGUUCAGCGUGCCUGUGGGCCUGGAUGCCAAAGUGAAGGUGGAUCUGGUGGUGGUGGGCUCUGUGGCUGUUUCAGAGAAAGGACUCCGCAUUGGGAAAGGGGAGGGCUACGCAGACUUGGAGUACGGAAUGAUGACGGCGAUGGGAGCCGUGAAUGAGUCCACCGUGGUGGUCACCGUUGUCCAUGACUGCCAGGUUGUGAACAUACCUGAAGAGCUCAUUGAGAGUCACGACCUGACGGUCGACUACAUUCUAACUCCGACCAGAGUCAUUCAGACCAACUGUCAGCUUCCCAAACCACAGGGGAUCAUCUGGAGCAAGCUGGACUCGGACAAGCUGGAGAAGAUCCCCAUCCUGAAGAAGCUGCGUGCGAUGGAGGAAGAAGCAGGAAAGGAUGUCACACUGGGGGCAGUUCCUGACCCGGCAGGACCAGCUCCACAGGCUGCUCCGUCCAAAAGGCAAAACAAACGCAGGCCCAGACCACGAGCUGCUGCUGGAGAUGAAGGCAAGCAGAACCACAAGGAGGACAACAGAGAGGAGCCGGAGCAGGAGCCGGAGCAGAAGCCAAGGCAGCGCCCGCCCCGGGUGAGGAAAGAGAGCCGAGGUGAAGCUAAGGGAACCAGUGAAGGGGAGCCCCGAGAGAGGAAACCGGCGAAGGCUCCGAGAGAGAGGAAGGAGAGGAACAGUGAAGGAACUGGUGGGGAAGGUGUUCCCCGCCGCAGAUAUCCCAACACGGUGACCACCGUGCAUCUGGGUGGGAUUCCCAACGGGCUCCGUGUCAGCGAGCUGAAAACUGCCCUCCGAGAGCGAGAGGCGGCGCCGCUGAGGCUGACCUGGCAGGGAGCUCAGCACCGGGCCUUCCUGGACUACAGCGACCCUGAAGCUGCAGACCGGGCCCUGCAGUCCCUGCAAGGGCUCUCGCUGAAUGGCGCCGACCUGCAGGCCGCGCUGGCCAAGAACCAACGUGGAGGCAGGCGACCCUUCGGAGCCAACAAGAGACCAAGGCCACCCUCUGCUCCAGAAGCAGCGAGCGGCGAGCAGACGGAGGUCCACACUCCUCCUCCCACCGCCGAGCAGUGAAUCAGCACACGCUGUCAAAUUAACUGCUCCGCACCUCGGAUUGCAGCUUUUCCGAUUGGAUCCAAGUCAAAAGUGAUUUGUGACUAUGCCUCGAAAUGAGCAAGAGAAAUUUCAUUUUAAAAUUCAGUAUAAGUGCCUUAUUUUGCAGCACGUUUUGUGGCGUGCUGCUGAGAGCGUUGGUCGUCCACAGUCUCCUGAGUUACACUUUUAAUACAUGGAGAUUUUUUUUUUUACAUUUAACCUUUUAAGCUCUUUUGUUCUGUAAUAAUUGUAAAGUAAGAUGACAUGCAGUUUGUUUUCUGAAAAAAAGUGUGGACAACAGCUUGUAUUUAUGCAUCUGUAUUAAUAUUACUACUAAAGUGUUGAAUUUGACUGGUCUUUUUCUCAUGUUUAUCAUGUGACUAUGCUACGUUUUCAUCCUUCAUGGAUAGGAAGUGUAAAUGGGAUGCGUGGCACAGGUGGUCAUAAUGAUCUGGCACCGCUGUACAAGUGUCUUUGUGACACCUAAGGCAGUCAUUCAUCUCUUCCCGACCAGGUUUUUGUAUCAUGACAGGCAAGUGCUAGAAAGCUACGCCACAUUUGAACCAUGUUCAUGUGUGUUGUGUCGGUCAGCUUCAAAGAUCAAAAGAUU